AUGGGCGUCUUUAGUUCCAAAUCAUUAAAAAAAACUCAACGACAAAAUAAACUUAUACUGCAUUUUAAUAAAAAUCCAAAAUCAAAAAAACGCUUAAGCGUUUACAAGAUAAUCGAAUCUCAAGAUUAUAAUGAUGUUCCGAGUUCACCAUAUCCAAUCAUAAACAAUGAAGAAGAACUAAAAAAAAUGGAAUACAUUCAUAAAUCUUUCAAAAUAUUUUGGGGCAAUAAUUUUUCUGCGCCUGUAAAAGAAGUGCUGGAAUUAGACAAAGCCAAUCUUAUUGAUGAUAUUGUUUCAACAAGUAAACAAUUGCCAUUAAAUAGUAAUGAUAGUACACUUGGACGAAUGGGUGGCGAAAUGAUACUUGACUCGAUUAAAUCAUUGGCUAUUGAUGGAAUAGGUAAUAAAGAAUACGAAUCAAUUGUUGCUGAAUUGGAUGAUCCUCAUUAUAAACCGUAUUUGGUUGUAUCUAGGAUAUGUGCUAAAAAGGUUUUGUAA